AUGAACCAUUUAGGGACGGGAUCUCGAGAUGCGAGCUUAAUGGCAUCUAGGCAUUCAUCGACUGCGGAUAGCAUGACACAAGGUCGGAGCGACGACUACAUCUUCAAUCGGGAUUAUCUCGACAACAACCGUAUAAAUCUGCAGCAUUAUCUGUGGCGAGAGAUCUUCGGAUAUCUGGUGCAUCCCGCUAUUCCAACCAGUAAUCCUCAUCUCAAGAUUGCAGACGUGGGGACUGGAACCGGAGUCUGGCUUACAGACCUCAGCGACCGGUUACCAGCGACCGUGCAGCUCGAUGGUUUGGAUAUCUCAUUCGACGCGCUGCCACCGCGAAGAUGGCUACCAGCGAACGUCAACACCAUUCAUUGGAACAUCAAGACAGAUGCGCCUGAGGAGCUGUUAGGAGUCUACGACAUUGUCCACGUUCGCCUGUUCGCCUUCGUGCUGUUGGACGAAGAUCUCCCAGCGAUACUGGUGAGGCUUGCAAAGCUACUCAAGCCUGGUGGUCAUCUUCAAUGGGAUGAACCUGAUAUUGCAUCGUUUCGCAUUGAAAAGGCAGAUCCCAGUAUCUCUACGCAUGCCUUGAGUCGACUUUUGAAGAUCGCACAAGGUCAAGAUGCGCGCUUCAAGCCAACGUGGGUCAGUCAGCUCCCGACUCUGUUUAGAAGUGCCGGCUUCCACUGCGUGCAGUACGAUGUGCGAGAAGCUAAGCCGUGGGUAGCGCUCGCCAUGCACGAGUGUAACCUGAUGGUGCACGAGGUAAUAGCGUCAAAGGCGAAGGAUAAGGCCUUUGCACAGGAGCUUCCAGAGCUGUUGUCGAAAGUCGCUGACGAGACUCGGCAAGGUGCUGCUUGGGCUUUCACGAGGUAUACCGUACUUGGAACGAGACCGCAUGAUGCAUGA